AUGACGUGUAUACCAGAGUCAUUGAAAACAACUUUUACAUUGGACAAGGCGGAUGAGGUGGUCCUAAAGGUGAGAACUCCCAAAUGCUGGGUUGGCCGCGAGCUGACUCAACACCUCUAUUUCUCAGGGCCAUCGCCUCCUGUUUUCACGCCUUCCAAAAUUCAACCCGAUUUAUCAUAUUCGCUGGUCACUGCCGAGGAGACUGCGUUGUUGUAUCGACUGAAGGGUGACACCAACCCGCUUCACGUAAUUCCCGAGGCUGGGCGUCAGAUGGGCUUCAAAGGAGCCAUCGUCCACGGCCUUUGGACGUACAACGCAAGACUCUACGGUGUGUUGAGGGUAGCUGGAAACAGCCAGGCAGCUAACAUCAAAAAGCUUCGAAACGAAGUUUGCUUCACCUUUAAAUUCUGCGGAUACCUCGAUUACUCGGAUCCGGCGGCUUGGACAGUUGGAUCCAGAUGGCUUCGAAGAGAUCAAGGUCAUGGUUCAAAACAAGGACAGGAAGGAAGUCCACCCAAAUGGCUGAGUUUCAUUAUGCGUGUGACUGAGGCCCAUAAGUUAUAG